AUGGAGCAAAAGUUUCAAAUUUGGUUCCGCUUGUGCAUAUUUUUCGGUAUUUAUGUGUUGCCGCCCAAUCGCAAUUAUAGUACAAAUAGAACUUCAAAUUUUAUAUUAACGCAAUCUCGAAAACCCUCGCAUUGCUUUGCCAUGAGUAGCAAGAGCAUCUUUAUGCUCCAACGUCUCUAUAUUUCCAUCCUAACACUGAUGAUUUGCGCGCUCUACGUGCACGGAUUACCAAGACAAAACGUCUCACCCACACUACAACUCACCUGGGUGGCGACUGUAAUACUCUUCAGUUGCCAAGUGCUUACAAAUCUUCUGAUUCUCAUGGAAGCUAUAUGGAGGCGAUCCCAGCAUGCCGCUUUUCUUAUGCUACUCGAAGAGAUUGAAGUCUCCUUUAAGUUGCGCCUGCGUCAGGAUGUGCAAAAGUUGACUUUGCUGCGGAGUUUGCAGUGCCUGAUCGGCUGCUUCGCUGCACUUUCGCUAGUGGGAUUUUUACUCUUCAUGGUCACUUCAGUGUGGUUGAACUACAUUGGCUACUUUUGGCAUGGACUUUGGUCUAUACUAACAGUGCGUGUGCGUGUGAUUCAGCUAUUGGUCUAUGUGCGCAUACUACGUCACUAUUUGGAGUGUCUCUGCGUGAAGCUGCGUCAGAUUGUGGCCUAUCGUAUGGCACCGGAACAGCGUAUGUUGGAUAUUAAUUAUGAGAAACUGGAAUCACUUGAGUAUCUGCUGGCCAUCAAAGAGACCUAUGGACUUAUUUUUAGAGCAUUCCAAUUAUUGAAUUACUUUGCCGGUUGGUCGUUCCUUAGCAUUGUCAUUUGUUAUAUGUUUGAUAUUAGCUGCAACAUCUAUUGGACGUUGAUGAGUUUGGAUGGGUUCCCCAACCGGCGAUACUUUUAUAUUGCGGGACCUGUGUCGUUGCUGCCUCUUAUCACUAUCAUCUGGCAUUUAUGCUACUUGUGCGAUAAGUGCAAAGAGUUGGCGCGUAACAUCGGUUGUUUACUGUGCAGAUUGAAAAUAAUGAGCACCGCUAAGUCUAUGGUACCGUAUCGCCUAGUAUUACAUCAGUUUUCCACGCAAUUACAGCUACAACGCAUUGAGGUAACGGCCCAAAAUUUCUUUGCUUUGGAGUUGCGCCUUCUGGUGACGGGAAUUACCGCGACAGCAACAAAUUUAGUAGUGCUUAUGCAAUUUCUAAUGCUCUGGUUAGAAUGGGCGGGGGGUAAUGUAUUGCGCACUGGAACGCUGAAAAUCGUAGGUUGGUUUAAUUCAACCAUUUAG